AUGGCCGACCCCCUGAUACGGGCGGAAGUUGAUGUGGUAGUGAUAGGCGCAGGACUUAGUGGACUUUUUGCUGCCAAAAUUCUCGAAGAAAAUGGACUGACAGUAGAUGUGGUGGAAGCUAGAGACCGGGUUGGAGGGCGGACAUUCACUGUCAGGGGAAGCAGUAAUGGCUAUACAGAUGUCGGUGCAGGAUACAUCGGCCCAACACAAGACAUUGUCAAAAACCUUGCCUCGGAGCUAGGAUUGGAGCUUUGUGAUGUGUAUAAUGAAGGAAAGACUAUCAUGAAUUAUAAGAGUAUUUGGGCUUCCUUUAGUGGAAUUCUUCCUCCAUAUUGGAAUCCUUUAAAGCUACUGGAUCUGAACAACAUCAUCAGGACAAUAGACAAAAUGGCUCAACAGGUGCCACGGAAUGCCCCCUGGAUGUCCCAGAAUGCUACUGAAUGGGACAGUAUGACAGUAAAGGAAUUUAUCAACAAACAUUGCUGGACCAAUGCUGCGUCAGAUAUGCUGGUAUUUGUUCGUUCAGUCUUGACCUUUGAACCCCAUGAGGUCUCUCUCCUCUUUUUCCUGUGGUUUGUUCACUGUGGAGGAGGAGUGAUGCGACUAGCAUCUGUCAAGGAUGGAGCACAGGAGCAAAAGGUGGUUGGUGGUACACAACAGCUGUCAGAAGUAAUGGCCGAAAGGCUGAAAGGUAGCGUCUAUCUGUCCAGUCCAGUGGUCAGCGUGGAUCAAUCCGCCAUGGACAAAGUACUAGUGAGAGACACCAACGGCUGUCAAUACCAGGGUAAAUACGUGGUGAGCUCCAUUCCUCCGGCAGUGUUAAAUAGGAUUAGUUUCUGCCCACCUCUACCUGACCUCAAGCUACAACUCAUACAGAGAAUGCCAAUGGGAUCCAUCAUCAAAACCUUCAUGUUCUAUGACAGGCCAUUCUGGAGGAAAGAAAAACUGAGUGGAAUCGUUACUUCGGAUUAUGGUCCCGUCACGUUUUGUGUUGAUGACACCAAACCGGAUGGAUCUCACCCAUGCAUUAUGGGAUUUGUGCUGGCAAACAAAGCUCGGGACCUUGCAGAAAUGUCGGAGGCAGAAAGAAAGAGCACCUUGUGUCAGUAUUAUGCAAAAGCAUUCAAAAUGGACGCAUUCCUGCAGCCCUGUGAUUACAUUGAGAAGAACUGGAUGGAAGAGGAGUUCUCUGGAGGCUGUUAUUUAAGUGUGAUGCCUCCGGGAGUUCUUACGAAGUAUGGCCGAAUGCUGAGGAAACCAAUAGGCCGUGUCCACUUCGCGGGGACGGAGACCGCUACUGAGUGGAUGGGAUACAUGGAUGGAGCUCUUCAGUCCGGAGACCGAGCUGCACGUGAGAUUUUAGACAAACUUGCAAUCCAGUGGUCCGCAACGGGUAAAUCUAACACGAUAAAGACCAUUCCUUCUCCGUCGCUGCCAGAGACAAUUCUGCCAUCGAUUAACGCCAUCUUGUACGCAUCAACUGGGGUUGCCGUUGGUUACUUUGCUUAUCUCAUCUACCCAUUUUUCUUUGGGUGGCGUUGGAAAAUUACCUCAUACAUGUUUGACAAAAUGUUUAAAUAACAAAUGGUCUCGAUGAGACUAGUUUGCGUCGCUCUCAUUGAAGUUUUAUCUUUGAACAGUUUAACUAAGAUUAAGUUCAGAGUGUCCACAGUGGAGAGUAACUUUACAUGGAAACUAAGGAAUUUGGACAUAUUCCAUAGUAAGCGGAGAUAUACUGUCUAAGAAUUGUUUCUUCAACAACACAUUAAAUUAACUUAUUGUGGAGUGUUUUUUCUGUGAUCAUCCUCCAGAUAGCUUUAAUACUUUUGUAACACGUAAAAAUACUCAUUUUUCUGGGAUCUUUAUUGAUUUUAACAAGGAUUUUGUAUAUGGAGGAUUUGGUGUGCUAAAUAACAAGGAUUUUGUGUGCUAAUUAAACAACAUGGAUUUUGUAUAUGAAUGAUUUUGUGUGUUAAAUAACAAGGAUUUUGUAUGUGAAGGAUUUUAUGUGCUAAAUAACAAGGAUUUUGUUUGAUCUAUGCCAUGUAUUACAAUGUAACAAAUAUUAUGUAUGCUAUUUUUUAUAACAAGGAUUUUUCAUGCUAUUUUUUUAUAACAAUUUUUUUUUUUGCUUGAUAAUUAACAUAUAUUUUAUAUCCUUACCGGUAUAUUUGUGCAAUGUGAUGGUUUUAACGUUGAUAGUUUAGAUGUAUAAGUUUGUUUUCUGAGUGAAAUGUUUGGAUUAAUUACCAAUUUAUUUCAUUAUGUACAUUGAAUAUGUAGUAGAAAAACUUGUUACAGAUUAUAUCUAACAGAAUCUAUGGAAGAGAGUUCCAGAAUAUUGACAUUGACUGUUGUCACAAUUUUUACGUUGAGGUGUACGGUGAUUAUAAAAUCACCAUUUUGACUGUCUCAGGCUGCACUAGUCAUCCUAUAUAUAUAGCUAAAUAGCUAAGUCAUUUAAGCAUUGAACUGCUUUCAGUUGGAAGUUAUGGGCUGAUGAAUGCCAACUUGACAAAGGCAAAUGUAAUAAAGCGUGCUAGCGCUUCAUGUUGAAUUUGCCUUUAUCCAGUUGGCAUUCAUCAGCAUAUAACUUCCAAAUGAAAGCAGUUCAAUGCUUAUAUUUACAUUUGACAACGAUUUUUAAAGACUUUUUCCAGGAAUUUUACUCCGACAAUGUAUGAACAAAUUGUUAUCGUCAAAGACAGAGCAGCCUUUUCAACAGCCAUCUUUCGUUAUCGCCGACAUGAGAAUUAUGACGUCACUAUAAUAAUGACGUCAUAAUAAAGAUUUGGAAGAUAUGGACUCGUACCCUUCAAGUGAGCUUGGUAAAGUUAUAUAGUGGGGCUGCAGUGUUAAUGUAAAUAUUAUUGUGUUGGGACAGAAGAACAUGACCAACAGAACUCCCACGCCACCUCCAGGAUUCCGUACAUUUUCUGUAAGCAAUGGUUUGAGUGCUUGUAGUGGCAGCAGAUUUCUCAUUUUGUACGUUGUUGAGUUUUAAAUUGUAUCGGCAUAUUUGACUUGGCUGUAAAUGUUAUUAUACAAUUAUUUUCAGAUAUGUGUUUUGUUAAUGUGGUUUUUGUUAUACAGUUGUUGAAUUGUAUUGCUUACAAAAACUCAGGACACAAGUUGUUAAUGGCAAGCUAAAUCACAAACCUGAACUUUGUACAAAACUUGGGAACUGUUUUGGAAACAUACUGAUAAAUCCACAGGAAUUUUACAAGUAAUUACCAGAUUAAGAGUCCAUUUCACCAAGAAUCACCAGAUUUAGUCAAUUUCACCAAAAAUCACCAGUUUUAGUCAAUUUCAUCAAUAAUCAUCAGAUUUAGAAUCCAUUGUAAUUUUAAGAUGAUUCCAUAGGCCAUUUGCCAUCUGUCUUUACCAUCGUUAUUAUUGCUGGUCAUUGGAUGCAUUUCUCAUUAUCAUGCAAUGAAAUCCUGGAUAGUGUUAGGUGAACACAAUGGAGUAAUUAUUGUUUAUUUAUAUUUGGUUUUAGUGGAUAAUGGGUUAAAUUGAAUACUGGGUCAUAGUGAAUACUAGGUUUUUAUUGAAUAUUGGGUCGUAGUGAAUACUGGGUCAUAGUGAAUACUGGGUCGUAGUGAAUACUGGGUCGUAGUGAAUACUGGGUCAUAGUGAAUACUGUGUUAUAUUGAAUAUUGGGUUGUAUUGAAUAUUGGGUUGUAUUGAAUACUGGGUUUUAUUGAAUAUUGGGUUGUAGUGAAUAUUGGGUCAUAGUGAAUACUGGGU